AUAAAUUGCCCACUCUGAAUGGCCUGCCCACCACCUGUCAUGGGACCUACUUAAAGAAAAAGGAGGGAUACCACACUGAACUUCUACAUGAGUUAUGAACCUAAACCCCUUCUGGAGCAUGUCUGCCAAUACGAGUCGUAAGAGACCUGAAAGUGAGGACCAGGGCGGGCAAGGGGAGUUGAAAAGCAGCCCGUCCCGGCUGCCCUUUGGCAAGAAGCAGCUUCCAGUCAUCCCCAAGAAUGCGGCAGCCGUCACCAAGCCUGCAGCCUUGGGAAGCCCCGCCCACUCCACAAAUGGCCCGCAUGCACCCUACGGCCCAUUUUACUUGGAAUACUCCCUACUGGCGGAGUUCACACUCGUGAUUAAGCAGAAACUCCCUGGAAUUUACGUACAGCCAUCUUACAAGUCAGCUCUUAUGUGGUUUGGAGUCAUAUUCAUCAGACAUGGCUUGUACCAGGAUGGAGUCUUCAAGUUCACUGUGUAUAUCCCGGAUAACUAUCCAGAUGGUGAUUGUCCGAAAUUAGUGUUUGACAUGCCAGUCUUCCAUCCACUCGUCGACCCAGUUUCCGGCGAGCUUGACGUCAAGCGAGCUUUCACCAAAUGGAGGCGGAAUCACAACCAUAUCUGGCAACUCCUCAUGUAUGCCCGUACUGUGUUUUAUAAGAUCAACACCUCGGAACCCAUCAAUCCAGAAGCUGCUGUAUUGUACGAGAAGGACGUGCAGUUGUUCAAGAGCAAAGUGGUGGACAGUGUGAGACUAUGCAACAGUCGUCUUUUUGACCAGCCCAAGAUAGACGAUCCCUACGCAAUAAGCUUUUCUCCGUGGAACCCAGCUGUUCACGAGGAAGCAAAAGAGCGAAUGUUCGCAUACAAAAGACGACCUGAGGACCACCACAAGGGAACGCAGGGCUCGGGCCUGUCCUGGGUCAAACCCGGGUCGACGCAGCCCUUCAGCAAAGACGACAGUCCUCCUCGGAGUUGAGGAUGCACCCCCCGCUGGCCACUAGUGGGGAGGCACGCGCAUCGCCGGCCGCACCAUUUUUGCGAGCCGAAUCCACAAAUAAGGACAUUAUGAAUAUUGCUCAGCUUUAAAAGCUUCGCCCACCAACAGCUUUAGCGGACAUAAACCAAGUUGAUAAGGCAAAGAUGACAAAUGGAUGUCUCUGAUGUAGAAUCUAGCAUUUCACGUAGAUGCUUCAGGAUCCAUAUGCACAGACUGGCUGGGCUCAGUGAUUACAUGCUGUCGGAAAAGUCCAAAAAAAAUGCAGUGGAUGUCACCAUCUCUCGGCUCAGGACUGUUUUUAUUCAUCACGCCAGGAAUGUCAAUUACAGCUGGGCCAAGACCAGACUUUCAAUCUGUCAUUUUUUUUUUUUUAAAUCGUUUCUUUCCGAAGAUAGCUUUUAAAUGCGCUGCUCGAUAAAGAGAUCUUUUUUUUUUUGGUCUGCUUGUUAAAAGUUUGAUGUGUAAAUAAGAGGUUUUUGAGUUAAAGAAAAAAAAAAUCAAUUUUGGGUUUGCUUUUUUUUUUGCCAGUCUUAAGUUACUAGAGCUAUCCCACGUGACUCCAAAGGUUCAUAUUUGCUUUUCCCCACUUUUGUCUCUCCAACAUGUUACAAUGAUAACAUGUAUUUUUAAUUUUAUUUGAUUAGACUGUGAUCUGGACAUUUGAUUGGUUUUCAAAGAAAAAGCUGCUAGAUCUAGUUGUGAGGGGAAGGUAACCAUUUUUAUAAAGCAUCACCUCCAAAUCAAUUUUAUUUUGAUAUGUUCUUUACAAAACGAUUUACAUCACAACAUAAGAUGACAAGCUGUCAAUGCAUUCUUGUAACAAUAAUAAAAAUGUUGAUUUAUUA